AUGGCUGUACAAGGAGGAAGUGAUGUCGAUGCGGCGAUAGGGGCCAUCUUGUGCGUUGGGGUUCACAACAUGAGGAGUUGUGGGAUUGGAGGCGGCCAUUUUCUCACCUUCUAUAAUAGAACCUCUGGCAAGACAUACGCGGUGGUAUCUCGGGAGCAGGCACCUUCCAUGGCAACAGAGGACAUGUUCACUUCCGGGAAGAACGCCUCCUCUACUGCAGGUGGGAAAGCUAUCGCCAUACCCGGUGAAGUUCGCGGUCUAUAUGAGGCAUGGAAACUUGGUGGUCGGUUACCAUGGAAACAAUUAUUUCAACCAGCAAUAAAGCUUUGCAUGCACGGAUUCAAUGUCAGCAAAGCGCUCAGUGAAAGUAUGGCAGGACAAGAAGUACAGUUCAAGAAUUUCACUUUAUUCGUACAGCUGAUAACAAACAACCAAACUGGUAAAACGUACAAAGAAGGCGAAACGAUGAAGCUUCCAAAAUUAGCGCAAACAUUACAGGUGAUCGCAGACGAAGGUCCGGAAGCAUUUUAUAACGGCAGUUUAGCAGACGACAUUGUUGCAGACAUUCAGGAAGCGGGUGGUAUAAUCACAAAACAGGACUUGGCCAAUUACACGUCAUUGGUUGGGGAUGCGCUAAACUUCACUCUUCAUGGAAACUACACAGCGUAUUCUCCGCCUUUGCCUUCCAGUGGAGCCGUCUAUCUUUUUAUAUUGAACAUUCUGAAUGAUUUCAAGUUUAAUCCGGACACCGUAUCCAAUGUUGUCAGCGCAACCACCACUUGGCAUCGAGUAACUGAGGCAUUUAAGCAUGCAUAUUCUCUGCGCACACAGCUUGGUGAUAACAACGUUGGCUCGGAGGCAUUUAGGACGUAUGUUGCAAAACUAGUAAAAAACAUGACUGACCCUUCAUUCGGUUACGCCCGAAGAAAGCAGAUCGAUGAUUCGAGAACGUUCGGCUCGGACUACUACCAUCCGAUAUUUGAUAGCCCCUGGAAUGAUCACGGCACCGCCCAUCUAUCCGUUCUUGGACCGGACGGAGACGCCGUGUCCAUUACCAGCACUGUAAACCUGUUCUUUGGUUCCAAAGUGAUUGGCAGUCGUACGGGAAUCAUAUUCAACAACGAAAUGGACGAUUUCUCAACGCCAGGGACUGUGAACUAUUUUGGAGUGCCGGCGUCUAAGGCAAAUUUCAUCGCUCCUUGGAAGCGUCCAUUGUCCUCCAUGUGUCCAAGCAUUGUCGUUGACGGCGAAGGUAAUGCUCGGCUGGUAAUCGGCGCUUCCGGUGGUACCCGAAUUACAACUACAACGGCAUUGGCGACCAUAGAGGCAUUACAGUGGAACUGGGGAAUAAAACAGGCUAUAGACUACCCGCGUAUUCAUCAUCAACUGUUUCCACAAGAACUGUCAGUACAGAGAGGUUUUCCACAGGUGGUAAUAGACGGUCUGAAAGCACUUGGUCACAAUGUCUCGGUGGUAUCUAGCGCAAGUAGCACGUGUCAAGGUAUCUUACGAAAGGAGAACUUUGUCAUGGCUAAUUCCGAUUAUAGGAAAUACGGUGAACCCGAUGGAUAUUAAUCUGCUUUACAGCAUUAUCAUCAGCAUAGGCAAACUAUCUUUGUGACAUUCACCUUUAUUAAAAAAUCACGUGCCACACGAGUAUUGUAAUAAUUGUUAAUUUUCGGAAUGAAUCCCAGCGAGCUUGGGGUGUUAAGCCACCAGCAAUAACUUGAUUGAACAAAGUACAUAAAGCGUUUUCAUCAGUAAGUGCCAACAAUAGGUGAAUAUUUAAUGUCGGUUUAUUCACAAUAAUGCAAGAUUUGUUUUAGUGCAUACAAUGGAACCUUGAUAUGUUUUCUUCUAUCCCGAAUCGAGUGCAACACAUAAUAUGAAACAAAUCUCCACGCAGAGUUUUUGCUCAAAGCAUUCACAUACCCUCUCUGCAAUAACAAGAAACACAUUUGUUCAUUAAUUGUUAAAUGCAUUAAGUGUUUACCUUUUAAAGAUGUACCAUUCCUGGAUACUUGGAAAUAUGCUUUUGAAAGUUCAUAUAAGUAAAUAGAAGACAAAUAGCAGUUGGUGAUACAACUGUUUGUUUCAGUUUUGUUUAAUAUUAAUUGAUUUAAAAAACUUCAUAAAGAGAUGUGGAAACAACACAGGGGCUGGAACGGUGUUAGGAUAGUGUGAAAAGGUGUAUUUUGACCGAAAAUGCCAAAAACCAAAUUUUAAUAUAAUACUACUAACAAGGGUUUCAACUAAAAAACUUUUUUUUCUGACAGCCAUCAAACAGAGUCAAGUUGCAUUGUCAUAAAAUAAUUCAGAUUUACAACUUUGUCAUGUAGACGAAGCUAGGACAUUGCUCUAUCAAUAAACAAUAACAACUUUUAGCACAAGGCAUUGACAAUCCCAUUUUGAAGAACUUAAACACUCAAAAAUUGUCAUUCUUA